CGUUAACAACGAGGGACUCGAAGCCUCAAUACUCAAAUCAGCGAUUCCUCCGAAGCUGAAGCUCUCCCUCCAUCUCUCCCUCCUACACAUCCGUUUCUCCUAAUUCCUUCUGUUUUUGUAUUUCUCUUGAAUUGAUAUUCAGAGCAUUGCAAAUUUGCAAUGGAUUCUGCUACUCUAAAGAUAACGUCAUUCGUAGUUUUUCCUAAAUCGCCACAGAAAUUUAGAAACCCAAAUCAUAAUGUUCUAUCUGGAUUUCGUUUCAACGGGAAGAUUUAUGCCAUCUAUCUCAACGGCUCUGUUUCUCCUUCUGCUUCCCAAAAGGCUCAAUCAAGUUCAGGGGGAGAUGUCCAUAGACGGAGAAGCAGUCUUGAGUCUCUGUUCUGUUAUGAUAAGGCUAUACCGGAAGAAAGAAUUGAGAAGCCUGUUGGGAUAUCUUUGGCUGAAAAAGUAAUUGGAGAUAAUCCACGAUGCACGGAUUGCCAAGCCAAAGGUGCAGUACUUUGCAUGACUUGCUCUGGUUCAGGCUUAUAUGUUGACUCGAUAUUGGAGAGCCAGGGCAUUAUUGUCAAGGUUCGCUGCCUAGGUUGUGGAGGAACCGGUAACAUAAUGUGUUCAGAAUGUGGAGGCCGUGGUCAUCUUGGACCCAAUUGACUUGUGUGGUUUGCUUCUUCUGUUAUUUAAAUUUUGUUGUAGCCUGUCUGCUGUAUUUAUCUUUAAUAUUGCAAUACCAAGUAAGACACGUAUAUUCUAGUUGUGUAGCCUUUCAAUUUUGUUUGAUUCAUUAGUUGUUGAUAUGUGACAUAAUUUACAUGGAGAUCUGUUGAUAUAAUAUAAUCAAUGGUUUAAACUGCA